AUGCCAUCGUUAAGAAAACCAUAUGCCUUAUCAUUUGGGGUGAUUCAAUCCAAAUCAGUGUCCUGGGUUAACCUGCUUCUACAGAUUCACUUUCUCCUAAUAUUACUUUUUUCAGAAACCGAGUCCUCUCCCAGCAAAAAAAUCCAAAAGAAAUGUUUUAGAUUCCAUGCUAUUAUGACUGUUGUUAUGAAUUUCAUUUCAGAGGCACUAGGAUCACAGAGUCAGCACACUAGAACAAAGAAGGAUCAGCAAAACUUAGAAACCAAAUUUCGACUUUAUACAGAUACAACUGAAGAAGGCUGUCAGAUUUUUUUAAAUCAGUUGGAGACUCUUGACAAAUGCAGUUUCAAUGCCUCUCUUCCUCUGGUGAUAAUAGUCCAUGGCUGGUCGGUGGAUGGGAUGUUAGAAGGUUGGAUUUGGAAAAUGGCAGCAGCUCUGAAGUCUCAGCAUAAACAAAUUAAUGUGAUCAUUGCAGACUGGCUUACAUUUGCUCACCAGCACUAUCCCAUUGCUGUACAGAAUACACGCUACAUAGGACAGGAGAUAGCAGACUUCCUGGAAUGGCUGGAGGAAUCUAUUCAAUUUUCCAGAAGCAAUGUUCAUCUAAUUGGGUACAGCCUAGGAGCUCAUGUUUCAGGAUUUGCUGGAAGUUAUAUCAGUGGUACAAACAAGAUUGGGAGAAUUACAGGCCUUGACCCUGCUGGUCCCUUGUUUGAAGGAAUGUCACCAACAGACCGUUUAUCUCCAGAUGAUGCAAACUUCGUAGACGCAAUUCAUACAUUCACUAAACAGCACAUGGGUCUCAGUGUUGGCAUCAAGCAGCCUGUGGCUCAUUUCGACUUUUAUCCCAAUGGAGGCACCUUUCAGCCUGGCUGUCACAUCAUGCAUGUGUAUAACCACAUUGCACAAUACGGAAUCACUGGCAUCACUCAAACUGUUAAAUGUGCCCAUGAGAGGUCAGUUCAUUUGUUCAUCGACUCUCUGCUUCACAACGAUAAGCAAAGCACAGCAUACUGGUGCAAUGACAUCAACACUUUCAACAAAGGAAUGUGCCUCAGCUGUAGAAAGAGCCGGUGCAACACACUGGGCUACAACAUCAGGGAGGAAAGGCUCCCCAAAAGUAGACAACUCUUUUUGAAAACAAGAGCACAUAUGCCUUUCAAAGUCUAUCAUUAUCAGUUCAAGAUCCACUUCAUCAAUGAAAUCCAAGGCAAGCCGAUAGACCCUACUUUUACCAUCUCUCUGACAGGCACUAAGGAGGAUGCUAAAAACCUGCCCAUCACACUAGUUGAAGGUAUUAAUGGGAAUAAAACCUACUCUUUUCUCAUCACCCUGGACACUGAUAUUGGUGAGCUAAUAAUGAUCAAGUUCAAAUGGGAAGGAACUGCAGUUUGGGAAAAUAUCUGGGACACAGUUCAAACCAUAAUACCAUGGACAAAAGGCACCCGUCGACCAGGACUUAUAGUGAAGACAAUAAGAGUGAAAGCAGGGGAAACACAGCAAAAAAUGACAUUUUGUUCUCAAAGCAUUGACAACGUUCACCUUCAUCCAGCCCAGGAGAAAACAUUUGUGAGGUGUGAAGAUCGCUUUCCGAGACAAAACAGAAAAUGAGCAAGAA